CUCCUAUCCUAUUUUGAAAAUCUCGAUUCGACCAGGUCCAUUUUGAUUGCUUUCACAGCAAUUGCAAUAAGGGCCAGUAAUGUUUGACCGAUAUCCCUGGGGCUGCGCCCCCCGGGUCUCGGCAACAGUUGGCCAGGGUCUUGUUAUUUUCGCGGACGCUUUAGGGUGCAGCUGAAAGCAUGCGUGCAGCGGAGCGCCACAACGUCGCGCCUGCAGCGAAGCCUCCCGAGGCCGUUGAAGAUGCCCCUUGGACAUGCUGAACAGCAUACCUGCAUCUUUCCGAUCAAUAUCGAAAUAACAGAUCCAGGUCUCUUUCAUGUCGCGCUGAUGGUAUUGAGCCACAGCCUCACCGAGCUUGUCUCCACUGGCCAACGACCUCUUGAGUUUGAAACCAAGAUCACACGUUGACUUGAACGAGUCAACGCAAUCCUCAUCGUAUGAUAUGAACCGCGACUCCUCUUCAAUCUCUUGAAUUUCGACACCGCGACACCCGAAACCAGCCGCCCCGAGCGACACUGCAAUCACAAAUAAUGGAUAACGCUGAAGCCAACGCCGCGAACGGCGGCGGUGCCCCCGAUCCAGAACUCUAUGUAGCGAUAGCCUCAUUGGCAAUCGCUCUGGUUGCUCUCCUAGGAACUGUUUUGCAAGUCCUUCAGCAGUAUUACGCAUCAGCCACGGGCUUCUCGAACUGCGACGAGCGCGUCAUGGGCAAAUGGUCAGACAGCAAAAGACGGGUCUUCAGAUGGAAAGAACUUCGUUUUGAGGUACAAUUCGAGACGCCGGUCAUGUUUGUAUGCAAGGCGAGCAACAAGAACGGCCCUAUAAAAGAGAAGCCCAUAGACUGCAUCGACGGCAGUGAGGAGAGCCAAGUGAAGACCAAAACGGAUCCUCUCAACUCACACAUAGCCGCGGUCCGGCCCCCGUUGGGAUCCAGGCCUUCUUCACUGGUCAAGAUGUCAUCUUUAGGGUUUCCAAACGAGAGAGUUAAAACGCGGAAAACAGGGACAUGGAACCUGACACGAACCAACACAAACUCGAGUAUAUCAGCCAAAGCCGAGUCGGCAAAACGCAUCCAUACAGCAGACAACGAGAAAGCAACAUGGGUCCAUCUGUUGACCGAGUUCCAGCGCAUGGAGGCCGAGUCAAACAAUUGGCUUAUAGCAGAGCGCGAGUGGCAUGCACGCAAGAACCAGUUGGGCAGAUGUCCACAACCGCCCUUUCGCGAUCGCGAGCUAGUCGUUGCUGUGCAGGCCAAACCACGCAGCUGGGAUACGAUGCCCUCAAACAUCAAAAAGCCAUACGCAACAAGCACAAUGUGUCAUAUUGUCGAGAUUUCGGCAAUGCUGGGUCUUCAUUGGAAGGAGUUUGAUCGAUCCAAGGACAAGUAUCGGGCUGAGGGAAACGGGUACCUGCUUACAGGUACUCAGGUUCCUGAUCUGGGCAUCAUGUUCAAUUUUCAGAUCUACGGUAAACACGGGUUCCGUGACAACCGUACAGUUCCUUCGGAGCUGGUGAAGGUCUUUUCGUUCGGCAUUGUUCCUACGAUAUACUCCCAGGCCAAGCAGAUGCCCGUUGAUUUUGUCACAGAUGAGCCUGAAGACCUUGAAUAUCUUCUUCUAGGCAGCCUAAAUGAGUUCGCCGAGACGGUGGCUUCCUUCGGCUGUAACACUCGUACUGCUGACAUUCUGAGGGAUGACAAGAAAAAACAUGGCCACUUGUUUCCUAUUGCUUUUGAGAUCAUGGGUAUGCUGUCCAAGACCCCACACGUCUCGGGCCUACCAUUUCGAGUGGUUCCCAAUCCUACGGUGUAUACUUGGGAUAAGAGGUUUUUUGACCUGCGGAGGCUCUUGAACGAGUUCCAUCAUUUAAUCCAUGAAGAGGACCUGAUGCCGACAGGCAGCUCCACAGUAUCCGCCCAUAUCAGGGAGCUACGGAAAUACACCUCACGAGUCUACCAAACCCUCACAAGCCAGUGGGAAGAAUGGAAACGAGAAAAAGAUACGGGUAGCAAGCCGGAUCGCAACGAGCAUCACCUCACAUUCGGUUCAUGCGACGAGCUGCAGGCAGCUAUUCAAUGGUGUGACGGCUUCCUGGGAAUGCCCCACAAUCGAGAAUGCGUCAAGGUCGUUCUGCGCGAGCACGUUCAAGAAGUGCUGCGGAUCGUCAACGACGAGGAAAAAGUGGCAGUCUCACAGCAGGAUGCCGAUGCGGAAUUCAAGGCUAAGCGAGCAAGCAUGCACGCCCACCACGGGGUUGGCAGGACGCACUCGGGCGUGGGAGUGGUGCAGCUCAGCGCUGCUUCUCCAGAGCAGAGGCACCAUGUCUUUAUGGAAAUCUACUUUGGCGAAGUUCGUCCGCGCGUGGUAGAGAGGGCCAGGUUAAGCCUGACAAGAACCGAAACCUAUAUCCAUAUAAGAACCGACUCUACACACGAGGCGAGCUCAGUAUCUCCAACACCGCCAACGCCGCGAAAUAUGAUGGAAUCUCCGCUGCAGCAAAAUCCGGCGGAAAUGCAUGAUCCCAGAUUGAUAUCUGAGAUUCGCUCAUCCGAGGUCUGGUUCACUUUAGUGUUUCGUAUGCUUUGCUGGCUGCGGCUUCACGAUUUCCACAAGGAUGAUCGUCAAAUUUCAAGCAAGAGUGAGCUUUGCGGGAGUCGAUUGCCCGUUUACAUUGGUUAGUGUCUGAUGCGCACGGGCUUCUCGGCGGCUCUGUUAUCUGUUGCGGAAGGUUACAUGAGUAUGACGUCGCCUAGGUACCUAACUAGUCGGUUGUAUAUGACGAUUUAUGAUGACGAUAUUACUGUUUCCAUGCAUUGAUCUGUUGGAUAAAUCUCGUAACUACCCCCUAGGCUUGAGAGGUGUAUAAAGUUCAUUCUAAGAAAGAAAAAAAAAAAAAAACAAAGCAGAAACAAACAAACCUACAAGCACGCUGCGCUAAGUUAAGCAGAAAAAAAAGCAGAAAUGCAAGGCCAUCUUACCUAGGCGAGACGCUGGGAAUCAUACUGGCGGAACAUGGCAUCCAACUGUCUCAGCCUGACGAUGCCAUCCUGUAUCCUGGGCCAGUCGUCGUCCUCGGCUACCCUCAAGGCUUGACCGUUUCCGGUGCCACCAACACCAACAACAGUACUGUACCCGAUGUUGCUCUUCAACACGGCGUCCUCCCGCCGCCUCGUCUUCUCCCACCACCUACCAAACCUCUCGUAAAGAUGGGCGACGUUACGGGCCCGUACCGGAAGCGACAGCUGCCAGUCCUCCCAGUCCCAAUGGACGUUGAUGAUCUGGUCGUUGAGGAAGUCGUGGACCCGGAUGGUGACCUGUUCCAGCUCGCCGUCGGCCGCGUAUGAAUCCGAGUGUAGAUACGGCCCGCUCGGGCUCGUGAUCAUGAUCUCGCCCCGCUCGCAGUUGAUCGUCCACGCCAAUCCCGGCUGGCCCUUGAACGGCGGUCCGGUUCGGUACGUGACGGACAGCGUAGCGUCUGGUGCAGCGUUAUGGAAGCCUGCAAGCUGCCCGUGGACCACGACGAGAUCCGGCACGUCAGGCACCACACCGCCACUCCCUUUCUCCCCUUCCUCGUCACCGCCGACCCGCGCGGCAAAGGCUGGCCGCUGAACCUGCAUGCGGCACCUCAUGGUCCCGGCCUCGAACUCGCCCAGCACCUCGUGCACGUAGUCGAGCGUGUGGGCCAGUGACGAACCGACGACGUCACAGCCGCCGCCUGCACCACCAACCGUACGACCCUCCCCGCGCCACCGUGACAUCCUCCUCGGCGCGGCGUGUUCGCGGGGUUGUAGGGUGCCAAAGGCGCGCACCUCGCUGCUAAGCACGCCGCCGACCCUUCCCGAGUCGAGCAUGUCCUUGACCUUACGCACGACGGGGCUCAAACGGCCCUGAAGACCGACGAUGCUGUUGUUGCUGGCGGCGCCGGGGAACGAAGGGCUGGAGCAGUCGCUCCCGGUGAAGCUGCUGACGCUACCGCCGCCGACGCUACCGGCGGACGAAGCGCCGUCGCCGGCGUACUCGGCUGCCAUCUGCACGGCGGCCG